CUCAAGUGUGAUGGAGAGCACCAGCAAAGCCUUCAGGCCCAUCCCUGGCCUCCUGUUACCCACAGAGGGGUAGGCCCUUGGCUCUCUUCCACUAUGACAUCAGCUUCCAUUCUUCCUUUCUUAUAGAUAAUUUUCCAUUUCAAGGAAAUCAGAGCCCUUAAUAGUUCAAUGAGGUCACUUUGCUGAGCACAAUCCCAUACCCUUCAGCCUCUGCUCCACAGAGCCUAAGCAAAAGAUAGAAACUCACAACUUCCUUCUUUUGUUAUCUGGAAAUUAUCCCAGGAUCUGGUGCCUACUCAGCAUAUUCAAGGAAGGUCUUACUUCAUCCUUCCUUGAUUGUGACCCUGCCCAGGCUCUCUGCUCCCUAUAUAAAAGGCAGGCAGAACCACCAGAGGAGCAGAGAGGUUGAGAACAACCCAGAAACCUUCACCUCUCAUGCUGAAGCUCACACCCUUGCCCUCCAAGAUGAAGGUUUCUGCAGCGCUUCUGUGCCUGCUGCUCAUGGCAGCCACUUUCAGCCCCCAGGGACUUGCUCAGCCAGAUUCAGUUUCCAUUCCAAUCACCUGCUGCUUUAAUGUGAUCAAUAGGAAAAUUCCUAUCCAGAGGCUGGAGAGCUACACAAGAAUCACCAACAUCCAGUGUCCCAAGGAAGCUGUGAUCUUCACGACCAAACGGGGCAAGGAGGUCUGUGCUGACCCCAAGGAGAGAUGGGUCAGGGAUUCCAUGAAGCAUCUGGACCAAAUAUUUCAAAAUCUGAAGCCUUGAGCCUUCAUAUCUGGACUGAGAGUCAGAGCUUGAAGAAAAGCUUAUUUAUUUUCCCCAACCUCCCCCAGGUGCAGUGUGACAUUAUUUUAUUAUAACAUCCACAAAGAGAUUAUUUUUAAAUACUUUAAAGCAUAAUAUUUCUUAAAUAAUAUUUAAUUAUAUUUAAGUUAUUGAUGUUUUAACUCUAUCUGCCAUACAUCCUGGUGAAUGUAAAAUGCAAAAUCUUGGUGAUGUGUUUUUUGUUUUUGUUUUCCUGUGAGCUCAAUUAAGUUCACGGCAAAAUGCCAUUGUUCUCCCUUAUACCUGUCUGUAGUGUUGUGGGGUCCUCCCAUGGAUCAUCAGGGUGAAACACUUUGGUAUUCUUUGGCAAUCAGUGCUCCUGUAAGUCAAAUGUGUGCUUUGUACUGCUGUUGUUGAAAUUAAUGUUACUGUAUAUAACUAUGGAAUUUUGAAAAAAAAAAUUUCAAAAAGAAAAAUAUAUAUAUAAUUUGAAACUA